AUGGAGGACUGCAACCCAGUUUCAACUCCAAUGGAACCAGGCACUAAACUCUCAAAGUUUGAUGGAGGAGAACGAGCUGAUGCUGGGAGAUAUCGAAGUUUAGUCGGAAGUUUAAGGUAUCUUACAAGCACGAGACCCAACCUAAUGUUGAGUGUUGGGAUAACAAACAGAUUCAUGGAGGAUCCAAGCUAUACACAUUGGAAGGCCUUGAAGAGAAUUCUGAGAUAUGUUCGAGGAACUCUUUCACUUGGUAUUUUCUAUUCAAAAUCAGAUAACUACCAAUUAGUGGGUUACUCUGAUAGUAACUGGUGUGGUGAUGUUGAUGACCGGAAAAGUACUUCGGGUUAUGUAUUCUUACUCGGAAAUACGACUUUUACUUGGUUGUCAAAGAAGCAACCUAUUAUAACUUUGUCAACCUGCGAGGCAGAGUAUGUGGCGGCCUCUUGGAGUGUGUGUCAUGCAGUAUGGCUUUUAAAUUUACUAAAGCAUUUGGGAGUGAUCCGAGAUGAAGGGACUGUGAUUCGACUUGAUAACAAGCCGACGAUCGAGUUGGCAAAGAAUCCAGUUAAUCACGGAAGGAGCAAGCACAUUGACGUACGAUUUCAUUUCAUUCGAGAACAAGUCAAAGAAGGAAAGGUUGAGUUGGAGCAUGUUGAAAGUCGAGCACAAGCCGCUGACAUAUUCACCAAGCCAUUACCGACCACACUGCUGGAGAGUUGUAAAAGGCUAAUUGGAAUGAGAGAUGGGAAGAAUAUUUAA